AUGCAGACUGCUUCUACAAACAUUUUUGAAAGACUGUGCAAUAAGUCCAUUCAUGAAAUUUCCUUGCUACUAAAUAUUCCACAGUCAACUGUUAGUGGUAUUAUAACAAAGUGGAAGCAACUGGGAACAACAGCAACUCAGCCACAAAGUGGUAGGUCAUGUAAGAUUACAGAGGGGGGUCAGUGCAUGCUGAAGCAGAGUCAUGCUGAAGUCAGGGUCAGUGCAUGCUGAAGCAGACUCAAUAGCUAAAUCCUCCAAACUUCAUGUGGCCUUCAGAUUAGAACAACAACAGUGAAUAAAGAGCUUCAUGAAAUGGAUUUCCAUGGCUGAUCAGCUGCAUCCAAG